UGGUAAUCCAAGAGCUAUUAUUGCAAAAGAUUCAUGCUCAUCUUCAUUGCCUGUAUCAUCAAAGUUAGCAACAAAAGAUUCCUUUUAGAUCCAAAUAAUGCAAUCCCUAAUAUAUUUCUCAACCAAACCAUCCUUCGAUCCACUGUCAGCUCUCAACCCUUGAUCUACAUGGAGCAUUGUCAAUAAUGGAACAACGAGAUGAAGGUACGAUGAACAACAAUCUUAAAAAUAAGCCACUAUCCUCCCAGAACCCCUCUGAAACACUAAGUAAUGCAAUCAACAGUGAACUUGAAAUUAUCAACUAUCAAAGACUGCCAAUUUCUGAAAUAACCAACGUCAAUCAUCAAAGUGAUCUCUCAACUGGACUUGAAAUUAAAUCUUCCACCCCCUUGGAUCAUCAAAAUCUGGAUCAUUCUUUACCUUUAUCACCACUAUUGCAACCUAAAAUUCCCAAUGAAGAUGAUGUUUCAAACCUUAAAUCAAUGUCAGUCCCUCAAUUGCCUUCAAAUUGUAGCAAUGAUGAUUUCCCGAUCAGUUCAAUGCUUGAUCCUAGACCAGUAAUACAAAACCCUCCGGUACAAGUAAUGGAGCGAGUAGAGGAACCCAGUACAUCGUCAGCAUAUAGGAUUCCAUCCCAUGUAUUCGAUAGAACAAACACAAAUACACCAGAAUGGAGCACAGCAUCAAACGAAUCAUUAUUCAGCAUCCAUAUGGGGAAUAUGAGUUUCUCAAGAGAGUUAAACUGGUUAAAUGGUGAGAUGAACAUGCCAGGUCCUCUACCUCCAUUAACCAACGAUAAUAAUAAUGGCGGGAACACAAAUAAUCAAAGCCAAGAUAACAAGCCAAAUGGUUUAAGCAUGAGCAAUCAAAGCCAAGUGAACAGUUUAUAUGAUACAAGUAAAGGUGAUCAGAGCCAAGUGAAUAAGUCAAAUGAAAUAAGCAUGGGUGAUCAAAGCCAAGCAAACAAGUUCAACGAUAUAAGCCAAAAUGCAGGGAAGUUUCAUGAAGAUUAUGAUGAGAUGACUGAAGCAAAGCUGUUGAGACAAUGAGACAAGUUAUAAUGGAAAACUCAGAGGAUUAUACUUUGUCAUGUGUUUCUGUGGCAUCUCAUAUCGAUGGGUCUCAUCAUAAUAAUGGGUCUAACAAUAAUUUUCACGAACUUUCUCGUCAUUCAGAUUGCAGCACCAAGUCUUUUGCAUUUAACUUACGGUCAGAAGGAGAAAAGAGUCAACAUUCACCGAAAGGGGUUCAAGAGAAGCCAAAACAGAAGAUACAAACACAGAUAGAACCCUAAAAGAAUCAUCAAAUUCAAAAGCAUCGUGUCAAGCUUCAAAGCCAUCUUCAAGUGCUCGUUUUAAAUGGCUUUGUUGCUUCACUUGUUGCAUUAGAUAAUGAUAUAUGUGGUAUCACCGAGUGAUCAUUGGCUCCUAUAAGCCUCUUAGCAUAGUUUGCUAGAACCAUUUGCUUCAUAAUGCA